AUCCCAGCAUCUCAGCUCUUCAACUUCCACACCCCUCGCACCAGCUCAGACGACCCCAUGCUGAGUCCUACACUGCAGACCGCUCCCACAUGCCCCUGCACGGACACGGGAGAGGGGGGAGGGGGGAGGCAGGGGGGGAGAGGGAGAGCGAGUAUUGAGUUGGCGAUGGUGGAUGCGGCACUCCGGGAGUCAGCUGCUGCUGCUGCUGCUGGGGCGUGGGCAGGAGGGGUAGCAGGGGCGGAAGCAGCGUUGAAGCCUUCCCUUCCCUCUCCGCCGCCUCCGCGAAUGCUAGGGGAGGUGUUGAGAGCAGCGGUGAUGGCAGUGGUACCGCUGGGGUGCUGGUGGUACUGGUGGUACUGGUGGUGCUGGUGGGUAUGCGGACAGGGCGCUUUCAGGGGCUACACCAGGGGCGGUGGUGGACACCCUGUUUCCUCGCUGCCCAAUGCUGCCGGGGCUGGGAGGAAGAAGAACAAGGGCAGGCAAUGGGCGGCAGCCGGAGCGGGAAUCGGCACGUCAGCAGGUGCAGCAGGCAGCAGCAGCGGCAGCAGGGCGAAUUCAGCAGCAGCGGGUGGUGGCCGACCAUGGCAGCAGUUCUCAUGAGUGAUCCGGGCUGGAGCAGCAUCACUAACCGGGGCGUUACAGC